ACUUUUUUAAUUCUCGAUUUAUUUAUUAGGCUGUUGUAAUGAUGAUCGAAGAUGCUGAAGAAAGAACAAUGGAACUACUUCACAAACUCAUCCAGUCAUUAGCAACCGGCGCCAUUGUUAGUCCAUAUCAGUUGAAACAAGGUUUUGAACGCGUUUAUAAAGAGAUGGAUGAUAUUAGGAUCGACGUCCCUCACGCUUAUAUUUCUCUGGAAAAAAUCGUGAUGAGGUGUUAUAAAAAUGGAAUUCUGCCAGAAUACUUAAUGAAAGAAAUGCCUAGACCAGUCAGAAAUCUCUGAAAAUGACUUAAAACGAGAGAGAAAGCGAUUAUAGAAUACGAAGAGAAUGUCGUUACUUUGAUAUUUAUUCUUCGUUCUGGAAUGAAAAUUGUAAAUACAUCUAUCGCAACUCGAAUAAAAAUUGUUUUGAC